UUUCUCUGUACUACUACUGCUACUUCUACUCUUCGUACUUCUUGCGGCUUCAUCAUCGGCAGACAUUGCUGAGAAAAAAAAAACACGAUUUUAGAGAGAGAAACUUAGUCAGGUCGGAGAGUUUCUCUCUCUCUCUCCUUUUUUUUUUUUUUUUUCUUUUUUUGGUUCUUCCAUUGAAAAUGUCGCAUUCGGGGAAGCCUGUUUCAGAGCUAGGACUCGACUCGCUCGGCGAUCGGCUCGCCGAGUCGCUGAGCUGCGAAGCCAACAAGCCGGAUUUCCGAGAGCUCGAUCUCGGCUCCCCUGUUUCUCCGUUACGGACUCGGCUAGCGACGGCCACCAGCAGUAGCUCCAGCUCAUCGGGAUCGGUGUCGGGCCGAAAUGGGCCUGGGCCUGGCCCGAGUCAUCCAUCGGCGGCGAGGAGAUCCGAUUCCGGGCCCAAUACCAGUCACUCCGGCGAGCUUUCUGUCUCCAGCGAGAGCAGUCCGACGGCGGCGGAGAGUCUCCGAUCCUCUGGCUGCGGAGGGAGGAAUUUCAAGCCGGGACACGCGAGAUCCGAUUCGGGGAGCUCGUCGCCGGCGCUGAACGUGCUCCCGACGGGGAAUAUCUGCCCGUCGGGGAAGAUCCUCAAGACCGGCAUCGCGAUGGCGGCGGCGAGUGGCGGGAGAAACCACAGGAGCGACGUGUUGGGCUCCGGGACGGGGAAUUACGGCCACGGGAGCAUAAUGCGGGGCGGAUCAGGCGGAGGAGCGACGAAAUGUGAGACGGCCGCGUCGGCGAAUCAGCGCGGAAGCAUCGGCAUUGGUGGAAGGGGGACGGGGAGCGUGGAUCCGGAGGAGCUGAAGCGGGCGGGGAAUGAGCAAUACAAGAGAGGGCAUUUUGCGGAGGCUUUAAACCUGUAUGAUCGGGCAAUUGCGAUGUCGCCGGGGAAUGCCGCGUACUGGAGCAACCGGGCGGCUGCAUUGACGGGCCUCGGGCGGCUCUUGGAGGCGGUGAAGGAGUGCGAGGAGGCAGUUAGGUUGGAUCCUAAUUACGGGAGGGCUCAUCAGCGUUUAGCUUCUCUGUUUCUUAGGUUAGGGCAGGUUGAGAAUGCCAGGAGGCAUAUAUCUUUUCCAGGACUACAUCCAGAUCCGGCUGAGUUGAAGAAGUUGCAGACGGUCCAAAAGCAUCUCAACAAAUGUAGUGAUGCCCGCCGAGUUGGCGAUUGGAAAAGCGUCUUGCGGGAAGGCGAUGCUGCCAUUGCUGCUGGAGCCGACCAUUGUCCUCAGCUCUCUAUGUGUAGAGCGGAAGCAUUUUUAAAGCUCCACCAUAUUGAUGAUGCUGAAUCGAGCAUAUCAAGUGUGCCCAAGCGGGAACCAUCAGCCAACUCAUGCAGGCAGACGAAGUUUUUUGGGAUGCUUUCUGAAGCUUAUAUCUACUUUGUCCAAGCCCAAUAUGAGAUGGCGCUGGGAAGGUUUGAGAAUGCAGUUACAGCUGCUGAGAAAGCUGGGCAGAUUGAUGCACGAAAUGUUGAAGUUGCUGUGCUGCUUAACAAUGUGAGGUUGGUAGCAAGAGCUCGGUCCCGUGGCAAUGAUCUCUUCAAGUCCGAAAGAUUCACCGAGGCAUGUUCGGCUUAUGGUGAAGGUCUCAGGCUUGAUCCUUCGAAUCCUGUUCUCUAUUGCAACAGAGCAGCUUGUUGGUUUAAGCUUGGAAUGUGUGAAAGAUCCAUUGAAGACUGCAACCAAGCAUUGAGCAUUCAACCGAAUUACACAAAAGCUCUUCUCCGAAGGGCUGCCUCAAACAGUAAGCUAGAAAGAUGGGAAGAUGCUGUUCGUGAUUAUGAGGUUUUAAGGAAGCAACUUCCAUAUGAUAAUGAAGUUGCUGAAUCUCUAUUCCAUUCACAAGUUGCGCUCAAGAAAUCCCGUGGAGAAGAAGUUUACAAUCUCAAAUUUGGUGGUGAGGUGGAAGAAGUAUCAAGUCUUGAGCACUUCAGAGCUGCAGUGUCUUUACCGGGUGUUUCCGUGGUCCAUUUCAAAGCAAACACAAAUUUGCAAUGCAAGCAAAUAUCUCCAUUCGUUGACUCUCUUUGCGGCCGUUAUCCAUCUAUAAAUUUCCUCAAGGUUGACAUUGAGGAGAGCCCAGAAGUUGCAAACAUGGAGAAUGUGCGGAUUGUUCCAACCUUCAAGAUUUACCAAAACGGUAACCGAGUAAAGGAAAUUGUAUGCCCGAGUCGCGAAAUGCUGGAACACUCGGUCAGGCAUUGUAGCUUUUAGAACUUUCAUGACUGCACUGUAACUCUCUGCUUCACUUGCCAUAUUUUUGCGUCAUCGUCUUCGUGCUGCCCAAAAAUCCCCCCAGUUUGUUUGAUCAUAGGAACUCUUCCACAGCCCUUAAUUCCAGUCUUCGCCUCCUUCCUUAUAAUAUAGGGAUAUUACCAGACACCUGUGACAUAAUCAGACCACAUAAAAAUAAUCUUAUUUAGCAGUCAAUUCCAACGGAUUCCAGAGAGAUAGCUUAGUUCCUUUUGCAGUUUUUAUUUAUUCAUUCAUUCCUCAUUGCUCUCUGGUUCCAAUUUUCUUCCCCCUUUCUUUAUCCUUUUGUUGAAUUUCUCCCUUUUUGGAACUUGUAUUUCAUUUUCAUGUAGGCCUGCCUGAUUAUUGUAUUUCCAAACUAAAGAGUUGAGAAAAAAAAUGUAUACAAUCAUUUAAUUGGGUUAUUCAGCUAAAUGAGGGAAAGAAAGAGAGAUAAGAGAAAUGGCUGGCUGGUAGAAAGGAUCUGUACAUGUAUAUAUGUGAUGUAUACCAAAACCAAAAAAAAAGAAAAAGAAAAAAAGGAAGUUAUGAACUGGUGGGUACUUACUGGGUUAGUGAAAGAAGGAUGAAUAUGUUGUUAUUAUU